AACAUGGAAAUAUAUACAGUCAACUUAUUACGUGACAUCUUGGCAUAUGUUGCUAUUUUCUUAUUGAUUCUAUACUUAUUAUUCAAAUGUCACUACAACUACUGGAAGGAUAGAAAUUUUCCAUAUUUGGUACCUUCGUUUCCACUUGGAAAUAAUAAACAAUUCUGGAGCAAAUUUCCUGGUCCCAAUAUGGAUUCCAUCGAUCAUUACAAAGAAAUCAAGAAAAGGGGACUCAAGUUUGCAGGAGUGUUUUCUGUGAUCCGACCAAUUCUAGUUGUAGCAGAUCCUGAUAUAGUCAAAGAUAUAUUAGUGAAGGACUUAGUAUUUUGCUGACCGGGGCUUCUAUAAAACCAAAGCUGACCCCCUCUCACUAACUGUUUUUGCAAUGGAUGCAGCAGAAUGGAAAGAAACAAGAAUAAGGCUGACACCUACAUUCACUAGUGGAAAGAUCAAGAUGAUGAUUCCAUUAGUCCAGUCAGUGAGUGAACAAAUGAUAACGGAGAUUAACAAAUUGGCAGAGAAAGAUGCAGAUAUAGAUAUCAAAGAGGUAACUACCUCAUUUACCAUAAAUACAUUGGCAAACUGCGCAUUGGGCAUAGAAACAAAAAGUGGAAAUGAUAUAUUUACCGAAAUGACCAAGAAACAUUUCUAUCCGACUGACUGCGGGGGUAUUUUGAGAUUUACUUUGAUGAACAGAUUUCCUGAACUUUGUGGAAAAUUAGGGUUGCCCUUUGUGAGUAAAGAAACUGCUGAUUUUUUUCGUAAAAUUUUUCGAGAUAGCAUGAAUUACAGAGACGAAAGUGGAAUAUCGCGUCCAGAUUUCUUGGAAUUACUGAUAAAAUUGAAGAAUCAAUCUAGGAAUACUCCUAAACCAUUAUCCGAUGAUUAUUUGACGGCUCAAGUCUUCCUGUUUUUCAUCGCUUCUCUUGACACGUCUUCUAGUGCCAUUUCGUUUGCUUUGUAUGAAUUGGCGAACAAUCCAGAUAUGCAGGAAAGAACCAGGGAAGAAAUGAUACAAGUAUUCGAAAAACAUAAUGAUCAAAUAACAUCGAAUUGCUUGAAGGAAAUGAAAUACUUAAAUCAAGUCAUCAAUGAAACUCUUAGACUAUAUCCAUCUGUAACCAAUUUGGAGAGGAGGUGUGUGAGAAAUUACAAAAUAGCUGGUACAGAGUUGAUCGUGGAGAGAGGUGUAUAUAUAACCAUUCCUCUUUAUGGUAUACACAGAGAUCCUGAUUUUUAUCAAGAUCCAGAAAGAUUUGAUCCAGAUAAAUUCAACGAGAGGAAUAAAAAGUAUAUAAAAUCACAGACAUAUUUUCCAUUUGGUCUCGGUCCGAGGAAUUGUGUAGGUAACCGUUUUGGAAUUAUGGUGACUCAAGUAGCUCUCAUAGAAGUGUUACGGAUGUUCAGGAUUUCUAUGAGUUCCUCAACGAUAUUGCCGUUUGAAAUGGAUAAACAAACUUUGAUUCUAGUUCUGAAGAAUCCUAUUUUACUGAAGGCAGAAAAAAUCGAUAAUGAGUGUGAUAAUUUGAUGAUCUAAGGAUGUAAUGAAAAAAAGGUAGUUUUCUAUAACAGUAAUUGGUCAAAUGAAAAUAUAAUUGUUGAGUAGUUAUGAAUAAAUGGAAUGAAAAUUGCA